UCCCCCCGCCCCCCCAAUACCGAUGCGCCGCCCUCUGAUGAACAUGAUAAAAUCGGUUGUCUUCUAGUCUCCCGCGCCGUCACAGCACCAGAGCCGAUACAUGCCGCUACCCUGAACGAUUUUAUUAUCAUUCACAGCUGUACAAAUGGAGAAGCAGGUUGUUGAUGGGUUGAGGAAGGCCUUCCAGUCGGGUAAAUCCCGCCCCCUGCAGUACAGAAAACAGCAGCUCAGAGCCCUGCACCGGCUCAUCACUGAACGCCAAGCAGACAUUGACCAAGCUCUAAAACAAGACCUCAACAGGAAUACGUAUAACAAUUCACUUUUUGAGCUGAUCGGCAUUGAGAAUGACAUCAAGUUGGCGGAGAGUGACAUGGCGGACUGGGCAGCUCCACAGCCUGUGAAGAAGAAUCUCAACAGUGCACUUGAUGAUGUUUACAUAAAGCCUGAACCUUUGGGUGUCGUGCUGAUAAUUGGAACCUGGAACUACCCUUGGGCCAUGAUCCUGCAACCCCUCGUUGGAGCCAUUGCAGCUGGCAAUGCAGCCGUGCUGAAGCCAUCGGAGCUGAGUGAGCACUCUGCUAGACUUAUGAAAGAACUGCUUCCUCUGUAUCUAGAUAAGGAGAUGUAUCAAGUGGUGACAGGAGGGGUUCCAGAGACCCAGGAGCUGUUGAAGCAGCGUUUCGACCACAUCUUCUACACUGGGAGCAGCACUGUGGGGAAACUGGUUAUGGAAGCAGCAGCUCAUCAUCUCACACCAGUGACUUUAGAACUGGGUGGGAAAAGCCCUUGCUAUAUUGACAAGAACUGUGACAUUGCUGUGGCAUGCCGACGAAUAACCUGGGGGAAGUUUGCAAACUGUGGCCAGACAUGCAUUGCACCUGACUACAUUCUGUGUGAGCCAAGCAUCCAAGAUAGAAUAGUUGAAGAGAUUCAAAACACACUGCAGGAGUUCUACCAAAAGGACCCUAAAAGCUCUCCAGAUUAUUGCCGAAUCAUUAACACACGUCACUUCGACAGAGUAUUAGCUUUGAUGAAUGAAUGUACAAUUGCUCUUGGAGGAGAGAGUGAUCGCUCACAGUGUUACAUAGCUCCUACAGUUUUGAGGGAUGUUUUGCCCCAUUUCAAAAUCAUGCAAGAAGAGAUCUUUGGACCGCUGCUGCCCAUUGUCACUGUUAAUGACUUGAGUGAAGCCAUACAUUUUAUCAACACAAGGGAAAAGCCUUUGGCACUCUAUGUGUUUUCCUCUGAUAAAACGGUGAUCAAGCGUAUGUUAACUGAAACCACCAGUGGAGGAGUGACUGUUAAUGAUGUCUUGAUGCAUUACACUGUUGAUACCUUACCUUUUGGAGGUGUUGGAAACAGUGGAAUGGGCAGAUAUCAUGGGAGACACACAUUUGACCAGCUGAGUCAUCAUCGUGCCUGUCUCAUCAAAUCUUUUGCUAUGGAGAGUUUGAAUGACGCCCGUUACCCUCCACUAACAGAAGCCCGACUGCGCAAGGCCAAGUAUUUCUUGCAGCAUCGCUUGUGCAGUUGUAGUGGCGUCUGUGUGUGGGCCGUCAUCGCCACCAUAUUGGCAAUUGGCCUGCUUGUUGGCUUAAUAGUUGUGCUGAUUUAGAAGACUCCAGUUUGAAGCAACGGAUCCCUCUGCGUACACUGCUGUUUACUGUGUAACUGUUUUGAAUCAUUUUGAUAUCAUAUAGAAUACUUUUAUCAUUUUUAUCAUUUUAAUACAAAACAUGUUUAGCAUGUGCAUUUGCUUUCUAACUGAUUAAGAUAAACAUUUUAAAUACUCUAAAACACAAACUACAUUUUAAUCUUCUAAAUACAAGUAAUAAGGUUUGUCUAAAUGGCCUUUUCUACUUAUGUAGAGAAUUUGUGCUGUUGAACUGCUGAAUCGUGCAGAAUCUGCACAUUUGGAUCUUCUAAAUGGACAAGUUAGCAUUAUUUCUGUCAUGUAGCAGUACAAUGCUUGCAUUGUUCUUGUUGUUCUCCAGCUUAUCUUCUUUAUGCUGUGUACUUUACGGAGAGCUUUAGAACAUUAGCUUUCGUGGACAUUUAUGUUAAUAAGCUUUUACUCAUUUAUAAUGAUGUCAACAAAGAAAAGAUUGUUUAUUUGCACCUCAACAAAAAUGUUGAUCAAAAGUGAUUUAGUGAUGUUGCAAAGUUGUUUUCUAAAUGUUUCUUAAUCUUUCUAAAUGAAAGAUUAAAAAAAAAACAUAAUUCAAAAAACAUGUAUUUUGAAUGUAAAGGUAAAAAAAAUAGUAAAUAACUGUAGUGAAUUCCUCAGAUUUUAUUUGAUAUCUAACAUUAGUUAUAAUAUUAUUCCUGUUUAGUCUAAAACAAUGAAUAUCAAAAUGGUAGAGAUCUCAGAUUAAUAUAAAAUAGAGACUGUCCAAUUAUUUAAAAUAUAUUCAAUUAGAGCAUUUAAUGUUAUUAUAUGGAUUUAUUAUUAAUUAUUUAUUUAUGUAUUUGAUGUUGAUUAAAUUUUAUAGAUAACAGUUAUAAUAGUUUAGAUUACAUUCAACAGUCUGAUACAUUUGGUCCUUUUUUUCAAUUCAUAUCUACAAUACCAUUUCCUUCAAUAUUCAGCAGAUGGCGCUCUCUUACAGUUUAAAAUCGCUUAUAAACAAGAGGAUGACUGCAUCUUUACAAUAGAAAGAUGUGGGGUUAAUUAAAUCAGCAAUUCAAAGCCGUUUUCAUCAGUUUGAUUAUUAGUCCUACUGCUGCUCCACAUGCUUCUUCCUUAAACAGUCAUAAUGAACAUGUUAAAUGUCAAACACUUCUCAACCAAUAAAGUGGAUUACACUUUC